CACCUCCCCAUUAAACAGGUGAGAUGGCAGGGUAUAAAUCUCUGAAUCUAGUUUGGACACACAGAGACUUCUGUCUCCAUCUGUGAGACCAGACUCCUGAAAUCACUGGGUUUUGGGUGGACACCAGCAAGGAAAAUGGGGCUCGGAACAGGGAAUGAUAAGUACAAACUGGCAGCAACGUCAGAAGAUGGAGUCAAAAAGCCCAAAAAAGGGAAAAAGAGCAAAAAGGAUAUGGAGGAACUGAAGAAAGAAGUGGAACUGGAAGACCACAAGUUGACCUUUGAAGAACUUAACCGAAAAUACGGUACUGAUCUGACCAAGGGUUUGACCAAUUUCCGAGCAAAGGAAAUCUUAGCCCGUGACGGACCAAAUGCCUUGACUCCACCUGUUACGACUCCAGAAUGGAUCAAGUUCUGCAGACAGCUGUUUGGUGGAUUCCAGACACUGCUGUGGAUUGGUGCAUUUCUUUGCUUCUUUGCAUAUUCCAUCCAGGCUGCCUCAGAAGAAGAACCGGCGAAUGACAAUCUGUAUCUGGGACUUGUGCUUGCUUUUGUUGUCACAGUCAAUGGAUGCUUCUCAUACUAUCAAGAGGCCAAGAGCUCUAGGAUCAUGGAUUCGUUCAAGAAUCUCGUUCCUCAGAAAGCCCUGGUUGUACGUGAUGGAGAGAAAAAGGUCAUCGAUGCUGAGGAAGUAGUUGUAGGUGAUCUUGUGGAGGUCAAAGGUGGAGACAGAAUCCCAGCAGAUAUCCGUGUCAUCUCUGCACAUGGAUGCAAGGUGGACAACUCUUCCCUCACUGGAGAAUCUGAGCCGCAGAGUCGUACUCCUGACUUCUCUAGUGAAAACCCCUUGGAGACAAGAAACAUUGCAUUUUUUUCCACCAAUUGUGUUGACGGUACCGCCAGAGGGAUUGUCAUCAACACCGGUGACCGUACUGUCAUGGGUCGUAUUGCCACUCUCGCCUCCAACCUGGAAGGUGGACAGACACCAAUUGCUAAAGAGAUCGAGCACUUCAUCCACAUCAUCACCGGUGUUGCCGUCUUCCUGGGUGUCACCUUCUUAAUUCUCUCCGUGAUUCUUGGCUACACUUGGUUGGAAGGAGUCAUCUUCCUUAUCGGAAUCAUUGUCGCUAAUGUACCUGAAGGUCUCCCCGCCACUGUAACUGUGUGUCUGACUCUGACCGCCAAACGUAUGGCCAAGAAGAACUGCCUGGUGAAGAAUCUUGAAGCCGUGGAGACUCUUGGCUCGACCACCACUAUCUGCUCUGACAAGACCGGAACUCUGACCCAGAACCGAAUGACUGUCGCUCACAUGUGGUUCGACAGCCAGAUUCAUAUUGCAGACACCACAGAGAACCAGACUGGAACCGCAUUUGACAAGAGCUCUGCUACUUGGGCCGCCCUCGCACGUGUCGCUGGCUUGUGCAACCGUGCCGUUUUCCAAUCCAAUCAGAACCAUCUUCCAGUCCUUAAGGUGUGUUAUUUUAAUAUCUAG